GGGCGGGCACCGCCUCCUGGCGGCUGCAAGAUUUUACUGCAGGGGCCCCACAGGGCUCAGUGACGCUGCAGCCGCCUCUUGCUUAGGUCCGGGGGUGCGGUCGUGCAAUAGGAAGACGAGGGCGUUGCAAGCUUCCCUUCGAACAGCAGUUACCUGGCCCCACACCUUACCGGGUGCAUUCCGCAGACACCUCUGGAGCCCCAACCUGUGGCCCCUGGAACUCCCUUCCCGCGUCCGCCAUGCCUCUUAACCGUACUUUGUCCAUGUCCUCACUGCCAGGACUGGAAGAGUGGGAGGAUGAAUUCGACCUGGAGAACGCAGUGCUCUUCGAAGUGGCCUGGGAGGUGGCCAACAAAGUGGGUGGCAUCUACACGGUGCUGCAGACGAAGGCGAAGGUGACAGGAGAUGAGUGGGGCGACAACUACUACCUGGUGGGACCGUACACGGAGCAGGGAGUGAGGACCCAGGUGGAGCUGCUCGAGCCCCCGACCCCGGCUCUGAAGAGGACAAUGGACUCCAUGAACAGCAAGGGCUGCAAGGUGUAUUUUGGGCGCUGGCUGAUCGAGGGGGGCCCCCUGGUGGUGCUCCUGGAUGUGGGAGCCUCAGCCUGGGCCCUGGAGCGCUGGAAGGGCGAGCUCUGGGACACCUGCAGCAUCGGGGUGCCCUGGUACGACCGCGAGGCCAACGACGCCGUCCUUUUUGGCUUCCUCACCACCUGGUUCCUGGGUGAGUUCCUGGCCCAGAGUGAGGAGAAGCCACAUGUGGUCGCGCACUUCCACGAAUGGUUGGCGGGCGUCGGGCUCUGCCUGUGCCGCGCCCGGCGGCUGCCUGUGGCUACGAUCUUCACCACCCACGCAACGCUGCUGGGGCGAUACCUGUGUGCCGGUGCCGUGGACUUCUACAACAACCUGGAGAAGUUCAACGUGGACAAGGAAGCAGGCGAGAGGCAGAUCUAUCACCGCUACUGCAUGGAGCGGGCAGCGGCCCACUGCGCUCAUGUCUUCGCUACUGUGUCCCAGAUCACCGCCAUCGAGGCUCAGCACCUCCUCAAGAGGAAGCCAGAUAUCGUGACCCCCAAUGGACUAAAUGUGAAGAAGUUCUCUGCCAUGCAUGAGUUCCAGAAUCUCCAUGCUCAGAGCAAGGCCCGAAUCCAGGAGUUUGUGCGGGGCCAUUUUUAUGGGCACCUGGACUUCAACUUGGACAAGACACUGUACUUCUUUAUCGCGGGCCGCUACGAGUUCUCCAAUAAGGGGGCUGACAUCUUCCUGGAGGCCUUGGCCCGGCUCAACUAUCUGCUCAGAGUCAACAACAGCGAGCAGACAGUGGUCGCCUUUUUCAUCAUGCCGGCUCGGACCAACAAUUUCAAUGUGGAGACCCUCAAGGGCCAAGCCGUGCGCAAGCAGCUCUGGGAUACGGCCAACACAGUGAAGGAGAAGUUUGGAAGGAAGCUUUACGAAUCCUUGUUGGUGGGGAACCUCCCAGACAUGAACAAGAUGCUGGACAAGGAGGACUUCACUAUGAUGAAGAGAGCCAUCUUUGCCACGCAGCGGCAGUCUUUCCCCCCUGUGUGCACCCACAAUAUGCUGGACGACUCCUCAGAUCCUAUCCUGACCACCAUCCGCCGCAUUGGCCUCUUCAACAGCAGUGCUGACAGGGUCAAGAUUAUUUUCCAUCCCGAGUUCCUCUCCUCCACGAGCCCCCUGCUGCCCGUGGACUACGAGGAGUUUGUCCGUGGCUGCCACCUCGGGGUCUUCCCCUCCUACUAUGAGCCUUGGGGCUACACACCAGCCGAGUGCACGGUUAUGGGCAUUCCCAGUAUCUCCACCAAUCUCUCCGGCUUCGGCUGCUUCAUGGAGGAACACAUCGCAGACCCCUCAGCUUACGGCAUCUACAUUCUGGACCGGCGGUUCCGCAGCCUGGACGAUUCCUGCUCGCAACUCACCUCCUUCCUCUACAGCUUCUGCCAGCAGACCCGGCGUCAGCGCAUCAUCCAGCGGAACCGCACUGAGCGUCUCUCAGACCUUCUGGACUGGAAAUACCUAGGCCGGUACUAUAUGUCUGCGCGUCACAUGGCACUGGCCAAGGCCUUUCCAGAACACUUCACCUACGAGCCCCAUGAGGCUGACAGGGCCCAGGGGUACCGCUACCCACGGCCGGCCUCGGUGCCACCGUCACCCUCGCUGUCUCGACACUCGAGCCCACACCUGAGUGAGGACGAGGAUGAUCCCCAGGACCGACUGCCGAAUGAAGAAGGCGAGCGCUAUGACGAGGAAGAGGAGGCCGCCAAGGACCGGCGCAAUAUCCGUGCCCCGGAGUGGCAGCGCCGCUCCUCCUGCAAUUCAUCCACGGGCGGCAGCAAGCGCAGCUCAGACACCGCCCCCUCCAGCUCAGCCAGCACUCCCAGUGAGCCCCUCAGCCCCGCCAGCUCCCUGGGCGAGGAGCGCAACUAAGUCCCGCCCCACACUCCCGGUCCGCCCCGCCUCCCUCUCUUCCAGAGGGUAGAUGUGGAAUGGCGCUGUUCCUAAACCCUACUCCAGACCCCCAAGCUUCUCUGGGGUCCACAGCCCCGCACCCUCCACCGUAUAGUCUAGCCCCUUCAGCCCUGCUCUUGGAAUGCCCAACACUCCAGAAUCCACAAUGCGGUGCCUUUCUUGGGCUCCAGAAUGUAUAAUGUGUGCCCUUGAGCCUCCCAAGGCCUUGCCUGGAUCACAGAGGCCAGAAAUCUGCCAUUAUGCUCUCAUGGUGCCAGAGGCUUGAGGAGACUUAGCCUAUAACCUUCCAGGCUAGGGCUCCUGGAACCCUUUGUAGCUUGCAAAUUCUGCAGUAUGCAGAGCCUGCCCUGCUCAGCCUGGCCAAGGGCAGGGGGGUGGGGGGCAUCCAGCGCUGGCCACCAAGCCCUGCCCCAGCCAAUGGGACAAUCACGUUCGCAGCUGGAGCUCUUUCAAAGGACUUGUGCUGAAUGCAGAAGGUCCUCCAUUUCACUCCGGAACGUGGACUCCAGGACAAGCACGCCUGUUUCCUCUGUGCUGACCCUCCCUGUGGUGUCCAGUUCUGCCUGGAGGGUCCCUCCACCCACGGUCCCCUCUUCUACACUUUGGCUGAGCAAAGGAGGGAACCACAUGGCUCCUCACUGCUGCUGGAGAACACGCAGUCUUGGUCUGGCUGCCGAGCUGGCCUCUUCUGGACCAGCCCCUCCUUCUGAGUCCCAGUUCUCCCCCGUAUCUCCAGGUUCCUUCCAUGCCCUCGAGGGAGUCCCCCUGCUGAGGACAGAACUGGCUGUCUUCCAACGCCACACCCCCCAGCCACCAGGCCCAACAUGCAACCACUGGGUUCUGGGUCUCACCUGGCAAGUCUACAACCUUACCACUAUGCUGCAUCCCUGUCUCCUUCCCCUGGUCUAGAACUGAGCCCUCUGGGUUCUAGAACUUCCAUUUUUACCUCGAGGCUCUUCUAUCCCCGAGCUGUGCCCUGUCCCCAGCUUUGGUGACAGGGAGGUGCCCCUCACGUAUGCUGUCUGAUGCACUUGGUUUGCAGUUGGGAGUCGGGGGGAGUGAUUGAAGUGUGUGUGGACAAUGAAACAAUACAUCUAUAUUUAAGAA